AUGGGGAAAUCACAAUUUAGUGAUCAAAUUUCAGGUCGGUACUCUAACUGGGGCAGAGGCAUCAAUAAGUUUAGUACCGCUGUUGCAUUUGAGGAACCAAUCACACCGCCUGUUCAAAUAGAUUAUACCCAGCUUCUCAUCAAUGGACAAUUCGUGGAUUCAGCAUCAGGGAAAAAAUUUCCAACCCUGGAUCCCAGGACAGGAGAUGUGAUUGCUCAUGUCGCUGAAGGUGAGGCUGAAGAUGUCAACCAAGCAGUGUCUGCUGCUCGCAAAGCAUUCGACCAAGGACCAUGGCCAAAGAUGAUUGCUUAUGAAAGAUCACGAAUAAUGUUGCGGUUUGCUGAUUUGCUUGAGAAGCACAGUGAUCAUAUUGCGGCUCUUGAAACUUGGGAUAAUGGGAAGCCUUAUGAACAGGCUGCAAAUGAAGAAAUACCAUUGGUGUGGUAAAUAUAAGCUAAUUUGGCAUGGUAGAAAUAAACAUAUAUGCUAAUUUAGGUUGUGGUACAUAUGUCCUUUUUGUUAAUUAAUUUGGUUAGUCCUGUAUUAUGUAUGAAAUGAAAUUAUUGACGUUGGAUUA